AUGCUUGGUCGCGUGUUGUUGCGCCUUCUACUGGCUGUAUCACUGGCACAUGUUGCCCUCGCUUGGAAUAAAGGCGAUUAUUUUUACAGAGAGAAACCCUUUGACCCCGUCGAGAUCGUGUACCCCGUAGGACAUCGCAAGCAUAAGUUCAGUCAGCGCCCCGCGCUCGAUGACAUGGCGGUCCCAAUGCGUGUCAGCCAAUUCCCACACACCGGAGACGGCAAGAUAUGGGCUGAUUGGGACGACAGCGACCUCCAACAUACACCAAAAAAGAAUAUCACCUGGUUGCGGGUGCCCACAAACUCGUCCCGGGUCGUGGAACGGGCUUUUCUUAAAGUUGUUCGGGAUCACUGGAGAUCGAGGUCCAUCGUGACUCUGCCUUGGCCGAACGGCUUCAUUCUACCGUUGAUUCGCAUGCGGGGCAAGGAGUCCCACGGCACCAGCAAUAUUCUGGUCCUCCCGGACGGGCCAGGAAUCCCGGGGACGAAGAUGAUCGAGGAACAAGGCGAGGAGCUGUUCCAGUUUGUCGGGGAAAAGUACAACCUGGUCGGCUUCGACGCUCGUGGCGUGGGACAAUCCGACCCGGCAAUCGCUUGCGAACGUAAAUUAUGGCGCUCGUUCCCCAAGGCAUUCUUCACCGAACAGUACGCCAAUAUCGGCCGCGAGGCCUAUGCGUUUGUCAGGUAUUGCGCGUUUUCAGGCGGGCCACAUUACUUUUACGUCAACACGCCACAGGUCGUUGAAGACAUCAACUCCAUUAUAUUCGGCCUGGGACAAGUCAAAGCGCACCUCUGGGGGUUCGGCUAUGGCACCAUCGUGGCCCAGUCCUACGCCACGAGGUGGCCUGAAAAGGUCGGCAGGAUGGUCUUUGACGGUGUCUCUGAUAUGGAUCAAUGGUACCGGACGAAGUACCACGAAACGCGAUACCAAGAUACAGACGCCGUAUUUCAGCAGGCGCUCACAGACUGCAUCGAAUUGGGGAGCGACUGCGCCCUCUCUAAGUUCGGGAAAGACUCGCACAGUUUGAAGGCUGCGAUCCUGACCUUUGGCAAAAGGCUCGCCCUGGGAAACUACCAGUAUGGGGAGGAUGCCAACUUCACCUACAACCAUAUGAUUGUGUGGAUAUACGGGAGCCUGGGCUGCAGAGCAAAGUUCCUGGAGAUGGCCCGACAUCUCGCCCGGUUCAUGGAGAGAGACGUUGGCGACACGCCCUUAGCCAUCCCCGCUCCAGAGCUUGGGUGGCGCCGAGAAUCGGACGCCGCAUUGAUCUACCAGUGCAAUGAUGGGAAGAGCGGCGUUCGGAAUGAUUAUCCCAGAAGCCAGAUGCGGAUGAAUGAGGAGAUGGCGCCGUUCGUCAACAGCUCUUUGUUCGGCAUACACUCGAUGCCGCUUUACCACGUGAAGCGGUUCUGGAAUGACCUCAAGAAUUUCCCGUACGAUUGGAUCAUAGAGCCGAUUGUUUAUACCCCCGUUCCCCCGCUCCUGAUGACCAACACCAUGGAUCCGUUCACGCCAAUCAGCUCGACCAAGGCCGCCCGCAUUAGAUGGCCGAACUCCAAGGUUAUCCAGCUCACCACGUAUGGGCAUCCCACUGUCGACAUGGUGUCGGAAUGCGCCAAGAGGCAUCUUCGGAAUUACUGGAUAAGGGGCAUUCUGCCCCAUCACGACGUGCUGUGCGAAGCGGAGCAAAAACCACCCCCCAGCCGGAAGAAGAAGAAUAAGAGGAUGAAGAAGAUGAAGAAGACGGGAGGCAAGAAGAAGAAGGGGGGUAAUAAGGGUGAUCAGUCUGAUACAGAGGCUGACGCUCCUCGAUCUGAUACAGAGAUUGACCCUUCUCAAUCUGAUAAGACGAAAAAGAAGAAGGGGGCCAAGAAGGGUGAUCAGUCUGAUACAGAGACUGACCCUUCUGAACCUGAUACAAAGGUUGACCCUUCUCAAUCUGAUAAGACGAAGAAGAAGAAGGGGGAGGCUGAACCUUCUGAAUUUGAUAUGGAGUUUGACCCUUCUCAAUCUGACGAAGAGGUUGACCCUCCUCGGUCUGACCCAGAGGAUGAACGGAGGAUGAUCCUCCUCGAUCUGAUAGAGGCUGAGCCUUCUGAAUCUGAUACAGAGGCUGAUUAA